CGGCAAACGUACACAUCCUCUCCCUAAUUAAAAAUUGUUAAUAUUAGCUCGCAAUUAAAAUUAGUCGUUUGCUUUUAAAGUUAGUGGUGACCUUGCGGCGAAAAUGUCAUGAUCGAACAUAGUCCAUUCUGUGCUGCAGUACAUAGUCUGUGGCACAUCGAGCUUCAUAGUGCAGUACGCACGGUACGUGCAGCUGUGGCGUGCUCACAGCUCGUGCCUGUGCUCGUGCCAUAAGUAAUCGUAGCAAUUGCACUCUAUCAUAACGCAGAGUCGUGUGGUGUAGACAGUGUACUACGCUCCUAAACGCGUCGCGGAUGAAUUUAAAGAAAAGACGGCUGUAAAACGUCGCGACGCGACGCGACGUGUUAUCAUCGGCCUCUCCGUGUGGUGAUAACGCCUCGCUUUCCGCAAUUCAAAUGUUCAUAUUCGCUAAAAUGCAGCAAUAGUCGAAACGGACACAUUGCAGGCGGACGUUAUAUACUUGUUCUUUUCUGUGAUGGUCGAGAUCCCUACGAUGUCAAAGAGUAAUACCAACUUGCGUCAGCGAAAGCCGAUCGAGCGGCAUCACGACGAGCUUGCCAAUGGGGAUGACAAGCUUAGAAAGCUCAAAUUCAAAUCACAUGCACCGCUGCCCGCCUCUCAUCUGUUGUCUUUACUCUUCUUUAUUCUGAUUGUUUUUGCUGCAGUGAUUGUCAUUGAGAAACAGUUGCCAGUUGGGCUAAAGAUUGCAGACGAGCAGAAACAUUCCGGUCGAUUCAUUGCAGAGCGUGCACACAAUUAUCUCAAGAAGAUCACUGCCUUGGGGCCUCGAGUGGCUGGGUCUCAUGCCAAUGAGGUGCUUGCUGUUAAUUUGCUUACAAAGGACAUUGGAGAUAUUAUGAAAGGAGCAGCACCUAAUAAUAUACUAGAGUUUGAUCUGCAAACAGUCAGUGGGGAAUUUCCUUUGGAGUUUUUGGAUGGCAUGACAAAUGUCUACAGGGGUUUGCAGAAUAUUAUUGUUAAGAUUGGAUCUCAUAUCAAGUCCCCACACAGUUUGCUUAUUAAUUGCCAUUUUGAUUCCUACAUUGAAAGUCCAGGCGCAAGCGAUGAUGGUGCCGGAUGCGCUGUGAUGUUAGAAAUUCUGCGUGUUUUAUCUAAGUCUGACAAGAUACUUCGCCACAAUAUAAUAUUUCUCUUCAAUGGCGGCGAGGAAAACUUUCUACCUGCAUCGCACGGUUUUAUCACGCAGCACAAAUGGGCUCGAGAAGUACGCGCUUUCAUUAAUUUGGAGGCGUGUGGCGCCGGAGGCCGCGAGGUGCUUUUCCAGGCCGGGCCAAGUCAUCCGUGGUUGUUAGAGACGUAUUCAGAGGAAGUGCCUUACCCUUUUGCCUCUUCGAUGGCGCAGGAGAUCUUCCAAAGCGGCAUCGUGCCAGGCGAUACGGACUUUCGCAUUUUCCGCGAUUUUGGCAACGUGUCCGGACUGGACUUUGCGUGGUCUGCGAAUGGUUACGUCUAUCACACUAAAUUCGAUUCGAUCGAAAACAUUCCUCUCGGCUCUCUGCAGCGCACUGGCGAUAAUAUUCUUGCGUUAGCGCGGGGUAUGGCCCAGGGUCACAAACUGGCGGACGUCGACAGCCAUCGGUUGGGGCAUUUGGUGUUCUUUGACUUCCUUGGCGCGUUCGUCGUGCGAUGGCCGAUGGCUGUUUCGGAUCUUGUUAACAUUACCACUGUGAUACUAUCGUUUUAUACGAUUUAUGUCAAUGCCAAAGAUGCGGCUAAAAUUGUGCCGCCGCAGAAGUACGUUUUAAAGCUGACACAAUGCGUCGCUGGGGUGUGGAUCACGUGGCUUGCAACUGCAAUUACCGUGUUUGCGAUUGCGAUGCUGGUGACGGCGCUGGGACGAACGAUGAGCUGGUACGCUCGACCCUUGUGGGCGUUCUUUUUGUAUGUGAUACCAACGGUGCUAGUCUCGAUGGCCAUUACGCUGGUGCACGCUAAAUAUUAUCAUAAGGAUAUCGACGUCUGGCCAUGGCAAAUUUUUCAGCUCUACUAUGAUGCAUAUCAACUGAUCUGGACUAUCGUGCUGAUGAUUGGAAUCGUCAUGCGUAUUCGCUCCAGCUUCAUUGCAAUGAUGUGGUCAGUAUUCCCGCUCAUCGGAAGUCUCCUGCGAGCUAAGAUCUUCUCAUCGUGGAAGGACGGCCGCUGGUUAUUGCUGCACAUCGGCACGAUGGGCUUGCCGUUUGUGCAAAGUUUUUAUUUAAUUGUCGCAGCUCUUUACCUGUUUAUUCCUAUUAUGGGACGCUCGGGCGCCGGCAACAAUUCCGAACUGCUAAUCGCCUUGAUGGUGGGCUUCGAGUUUGUGCUCUUAUUUAGUUUUGCCAUUCCAAUCAUCCUUCUAGUCAAAGAGACUUAUCGCAUACUGAAUCUUCUGCUUGGUCUCUUCCUCUUGUCGAUUGCCGUACUUAUAUUCACUCCAUUGGGAUUCCCUUAUUCAGGUGAUCCGAAUUCAUUGGCACCGCAACGAUUUAUGUUAGCUCAUACACGACGCACAUUCCACGACUAUUCCACAUCAACACCAAACGAAACAACAGGCUACUGGGUGAUAGACUUUGACAUCAAUAGUCCUCACACCGUCGACAAGUAUGUGCCGGACAUGAGGAAAGCAAUGCCCGUUGACCAGGACUGUGUAGAUCAUUUAUACUGCGGUAUGCCAUACAUUGUUCCAGUAAUGAAUUUGAUUUGGAAGACACACUGGUUACCUGGGCCGAUGCCGCAAAUACAAUAUCCGCAAGUAAAAAUCCAGCCCCAAGUCGAGACUAAGUCAACACGCGGGUGGAAUAUUACUAUCGAUGGUCCCGCACACAUGGCCAUAUUAUUUUCACCUGUGCAGGGCGUCGACCUGUUACGGUGGAGUUUAUCGAGCCCGCCUUUAGAAACGACAUACCUUUGGAACGGGCGAAAGACAUACUUUAUUUAUUUUGGACGAGGCGACAAGUUUGAGACUUUCGAUGUCAACUUAGAGUUUAUGGUUCCGAAGGAUCACGAAGGGCACAUCAUCGACUUGGCCGUCACUUCACACUAUCUCUUCGGCAACUCCAAAAGUUCUGUAUCGUUUAAGAACUUUGUGAAGCAGUUCCCGCCAUGGACGGCCGUCUGCUACUGGUCGUCGACAUACGAAUCGUGGUUGCUGUAAGAGGUACCUCGCGCCUUAAUUUUAGUUAGUAAAUUUGCUUUUUGAAAGACACUUGCAACUCAACCAAAACGUAAGCAAUGAAAUUUACCCUAAGCGUAGGAAAUUAGUACAAAUUAUUAGAAUAAUAAGCAAUUUUGGUAUAAGGAAUGAAAUAUGUAUAACAUAAUGCGACGCACAAUAUUAAAACGCUUGAGCGCAACAACAAUAUAUAGCCAUGUUUUCCGUGAGAAGCUCAAAUUGAGUCAAAGGAGAAACUUUCAUAUGCAUAAAAUAGUUCAAGCAAUCUGCACAUAUACUAUAUAUACUAUAUCGCUCAAGUCUUUAACACAUUUAGUUAUUUAGCCUCUAAAACUAGUCUUGCUAAAUCAAGUCCUGUUACAUGAUUAACACCUUUACUUGGAAUACUUAUUCCAGCAGCCAUUUAACACCCAGAAGAGUACAAUUAGCGUGACCUAAUUAAUAUUUAGGCUGCGUACACAUACAUUUCGAGAAAGUGAUAUGUUGGUGAAGACAUUUAGCGUUCAAAGCGUGUUUGCACUUUGGUUUCAUGUUGACAAUUUUAACGAUAAAACUGGACGCGGUCGUAAAUUAUCACCUCUUGCUUACGACACGAUGGAACUGAACGAUGUAACAGUGCAAAGUGAUAAAUCAAACAAGAAGUACGCGUCGAACUAAAAUCGUUCGUUCCCAUAUAUUGAAAAUGUCUAAAGUUUAGAGUUAAAUAACAACAAUUGAGUAUAUAUAAGUAUAUUAUUAUCAAUAUACCUCCAUACGUCCAAAUCUACUAGAAAGCUUUGUGAAUCGUUAACAAAAGUGCUAAUCUAAAAAAAUAGGUGCGAUUAUGGGCCUUAGAAGGGAGACGAAUGCAUAAUUAGACAAUUUACUGCGCUAAACGAGUAGUAGAGUAAUGUGUGGGCAUUUAAUAUACCACAAAUAUUGUUUUUGGAAUUACAUUGUGAUGAUACAGCUUCUGAUGUUGGUGUGUAGAACCAACACGUUUAUUUGACCGCCCUCUUAGUGUGAAUUCUAUAGUAUAUGUUGCAUUGUUACCAAAUUUUAAAUUGUUAUAUACUCUUAUACACCAAGAUUGAAAUAAAACAAAACUUGUUAAAUCUUAAAUCGUGGCAAUCACGCCAGAUUCGCAAGUUUAUUAUAUGUGAUAAGAUAAACAAUUAUAUAAGCAUUUUUUACUGCA